CGGGAUUUGCUACUAACUACUGGUUAUUGUACGCCGCCUAGUGGCGACGUAGGACUAAGCCGAUUCAACAGAAAAUAACAUAAGGCAUAAAAAUGGCUACGUCACUUGCGGAACAAUUGAAGAAAUUAAGAACACCACAGACAGAAAUAUUAUUGCAAGACAAAAAACGUGCUAGCUUGCUAUUUGAUCAGAAAGAAGCAGCUAAUUUAGACAGGGAGACUGUUCUAAAUAUUGGUCAAAAUGGAUUACAAGAAUUGGCCAAGUUAUCAGGUUCUUUUUUGGACUUUGAGAAAACACUUUUUGCAGAGAGUUCAUUGAACCUUGAACGUUCCGUACAGGAUAAGAAAGUGAACAAAAAGUUAGAUGACGAGAUUCAGAAGUUUUUAAUUCUUCUGUCACCUUACUUUCUGCUCAACGUUGCACAUAAGGCACUGGAAUGGUUGAUAUACAGAUUUCGUAUACAUGCCUUCAACAAGGACCAAUUUUUACUUUUAAUUUUACCUUAUCACGAAACCAGAAUGUUUGCCAGAGCAUUACAGUUAUUAGAUGUGUCAGAUGAAAAUGAUAAAUGGUAUUGGUUGAGACCCCUUCAAAAACGAGCCGUACCAUUAGCUUCAAUAACUUUAAUCAAUCGUUUAGGUUCUGAUAAUUAUCUUUUAAAGCUAGUAUGCAACCAUGUGACUGUUGCCACAAGAGUAUAUGGUGACGAAGCAUCACGUUUAAGUACCCUGUAUGCAUUUUAUGCCACCUCUGUGUUAGGAGUUAUUGAUCAACUACCCGUUGUCUCAGAAAAUCAGCUGAAUCAGAUGUUACCAACUAUUGUGAAGAGCUUUGAGUCUCCAGUUCCCGAUUUGGCAGCCAGCAGUUACAUGAUCCUAGCUAAAUUGGUAACCAAAGUGAAACUGAACGAUGACAUUACAGAGAAGUUGCUGUUGAAAAUUUUCAAGAAGACACACAUGAAAGAGGAAGCAAUAGUCUUGCUGUUCUUUUUAUACAAUGCUCCAGUCAAUCGUCUCAACACAGUUUCAAAGAGUCUAGCUAUUCGACUAUCAGAGAUACCAUGGUUCAUCGAGACUGCGAUCAACGUUCAGUCGCCCAGCAUGAACAAGUUAAAGUUCAUAGUACCGUUGUUACAAACCAGUUGCCGCGUGGUCCUCGAAGACCCAUCCGGAACGUUACGCGUUCAGACGAUGGUGAGCGAGAUACUGAUGCGAAUAAAGCUGGACAGCACAGGUGUGGACACGAUUUUAUGGAACAUAUUAGAAAAAGAAUUUCUUUCAGCGAACAUAUCGAACGACGCGAAAAACUUCCUGACGCGUUUGUAUCAAUGUUUGGAGAAGACCUAUCCGGAACGGUUCGACGACUACUUGAAGAGUCUCAUGAAACGCAGUGACACGGACAAGAAUUCGAAGCUAGCAUUGCAGUUCCUCACUUCCUGGCACUUCGGUGCUAGAGACACGCAGGAGAUUGUGGGCAUCCUCGACCGUUUGAUCCACAUCAGCCCGGAGCAGAGGAUCAUGGCGUUACAGAGCCUAGCGAAGAACGAUGUGAACAUUCCUGAAAGCUUUAGAGAGAUGAUCACGAAUACUAUCCAAGCUAGAUUCACCGACAGCGAUGUGGACGUGAUCAGGGCUCUGCUUUCUUUCUCCACGAAACGCCUGAUGAGUCUGUUACCUAAAAAUGUGUUGAUCGAUGAGCUGAAGGUGCUGCUGUCAUCCUGCCACGUCAGUCACAGAAAGAAAUUAGCAAAACCUGCGUUGAUAAUUUUAUUAGAACUCUGCGAGGCUGGAGACGACACCAGCGUGUUCCUCACAGCCUUGCCCUUCCUGUUCCCAACCGGUAAGGAGGACGUCGAGAUAGCUAAGGAGGUGCUGAGAUCAAACUUUGCCAAGAACAACACGUACAUGCAGCAGGUACAGAAGGACCUGGGUAAAUCGCUGGACGCAGAAGCGAUCUCGUCUUCAGCAUUUCAUAAUGUACUCAAUUGGCAGCUGCUGCCUCCAACGGCCAACAUACUGAGCGCCAUGAAGCAGCAGAUUGUUUAUGGCGACGCAGCCUCUAUGUUCUUCAACCUGAUACUUCUGGGUUCCGUUUGCAGGGUGCCGGUUGGGUCGCUGAGGCCCGAGAUAGCUAUGGAGGUGAUCGAAAUGGCCACGUCGAUGAUUAAGAACUUCCCUCAAGUGAAGACUUUGCAGAACUGUAACAACAUCACUGGGGACAACAUACAGACUGCCAUUGAGCUGACCACGCAGGGUGUGCUGCCUCUGCAGGUGGGGACAUAUGUGCUGGAGAUGGUUCACAGACGUCUGGACCUGAAAUCGAAUCCCAUACUAGAUUUUGAGAACAAUCAGCAUCGCAGUAAUCUGAUUUUGAGGUUGUUGGAGAUGUUCUUCGAAGGAGUAGGCAACAGGAGCUGGAGCAAGCACUACUCUCGGUGCCUACAGAUAUUCUUCCAGAGGCACUUCUCCACGGUGGUAGACUUAAUCCGUUUUCUAUCCCAGCUCUAUAUAAAGCCGGUCAAGAUCCAGACGUCCUUCCACUGCCUGAAGAUCACCCGCAUGCUGCUGGACCAGUGCACCUCCAUGCAGUGGGUGUUCCAGGACAAGUUAUUCGUAUCAAAUUUGCUGAUCUCUCUCGCCCGGGACAAUAACGAGUGGAGAGUUGCCGCUCUGGAUGUUCUGGAGAAGCUGACACAAAGAAUCGAGUCGACGACGGACCCCUUUUCAGCUUUGCUGCAGCAGCUGGCGAUGAAGAGUGCAGAAAUAGCCAUGGAUCCUGAUCAGUUGUCUUUGUCCCUCUAUGUCUUGCUGUCGCCUGACCCUGACGUGAGCGGCCAGCUGAAGUCAGACCUGCGCAAGAACCUUCAGCGGGCACAGCAGUUGUUAUUCGAGGUGGUAAUUGACUCGAGCACUCCUCUGCACGUGAAGUCUCAGCUGUUGGAUGUCCUGGUGUACGUCAAUGGGCCAACGAUACUCCAGCAGUUGGCCCCCUUGGGACUACGGCUUCUACACAACCUUGCUGACUGCAGGAAUACGUCAGCGGAGAACGCGUUGAAGAACAUACUCCAAAGAUUCAACAGCUCGACCGUGGCCGCCCUCAACGAGUCGCAAGUGUGGGACCUGUUCGAGAAAAGCAUAGUAGCCCAUAAUAUCGUCAUAAGCACAGAGUCCGGCGCCCAGCACUUAGCCAGUACCGUCCUACUGAAGCAGAUAGGAGAGGUAUUCUUUGAUAGCGCCGGUAAGAUGUCUUCCAAGUUCCAGAAGAUGAUCCUCGAGAAGCUGGUGGACGUCCUCACCGACAGCGACCUGAUCAGCGUCAUCUCCGCGGCCAACAAGGCCACCAGGAAGAUCAGAGUGCACGCGCAGUUGAUCGUCAACGAGCUGCAGAUCAUGAAGAACCUGAAGAACGCUUAUGUAGACACGCCGGCGAAGACGAAGAAGCGACUCAGUCAGAUCCGCUCUCUGCCCGACCCGACGAUCAUCAACAAGCGGGAGUGGAAGCGCGGGGUGACUCUGUUGGAGUUCGUGCAACGGGCGGACAACAUAGAGCACGAGGAGCUACUCUACCCGGUUCUGUUCGACCUGCUGAAGACCUGCCUCAGCUUCGAGGAGCAAAGCCCCAUCGAGUACACCAACCAGCUGCUGCUGUCCACGAUUCACCGGCUGACCGUUCAGAAGCUGCCCAUACGAGACGCCCAGUUGCAGGUGGACCUGAUCACCCAGUGCAUCAGGACCUCGAGGAACCCCCAGACUCAUCACCACGCGCUGCUAGUUCUGGUGGAGCUGUUGAAGGUCGUGGAUGUACGCUGCGCCUUGUACACCAUCAUGCCCAUAUUCACCUUCAUGGGUAGCUCCGUUGUGCGUCAGGACGAUGCUUACUCUAUACAGAUCAUCUCCAAGACCAUCGAGACCGUGGUGCCCAUCAUAAACGCUGCGGAGAACGAGACCCACGCCUGCGAGGUGCUGAGGACCUUCAUCGUCUCGCUGCCUGACAUCCCUGAACACAGGCGGACUCCUCUCUUCGUGAAACUCUUGCAGCUAUUAGAUAAUCACUUUCAUCUUUACUAUCUGUUAAGCUUCGAGAGCCACGUCAUGUCCAGGACCAUGCAGAUAUCGAACCAGAAGACGUAUGGACAGAGACUGGAGUUCGCCCUGCAGGUCUCUCAGGAGUUCCCACCUAUAAGGCUCGUCAUGGUUUGUGUGAAGCUGGCGAAGUUCAUGAGGGAGCUGCCCGUGGACGUAGAAGACGAAGAAGGUAGAAAGGCUGCGAUGGCUUUCAAGUAUGGACAUAUCCUCGAUUUGAAAAAGUGCAGCCCCAAACACUUGAGGCACUACAAGUACACCCUGGUGCAGUUCCUGAGCAAGCUGUUGUCCUCGUCCGACUUCAUCACUCGCGUUGCAGAGCUUGACUCCAGUGAAAUGGAUAAGGCGAAACCGUAUUAUGACCAGCUGAUCGUCGAGCUGGUCCUGCUGAUACAGAGCACCUCGAAGAACGCCGACCGACACCAGGGCAAACCGAUCGGCAAGUACUGGAAGAUUUUACUGCAUCAUCUGUACGAUGUUCUCGACCUGGUCAACAAUUUGCUGCCGAACGAAGUCUUCCUCUUCAGCAUCAAGCAUCUGAUAGAGCACGAACUGCCGACGAUCAAGAGGAAGGUCCUGGAGCUGUUCAACACUAGGCUGCAGCAGCGGAAGUUCAGCGAGGACGAUCAUGUUGAGUUGCUAGGUCUGAUAGAGUCACUACUAAAGAUGAUAGAGCCUCGAGUGAAGUUCGAGUCGCAAGAGCAGGAGAUCAUUCAGCAGACCGUGCUGAUCACCCUGAAGCUGCUGGCCAAGUUGCUGGCCACUGAGCACCCGGCGGUGUUCAAACCGAUACUUGAAAUGACGACGGAGCUUCUGCGGACGAGGGAAGGACCGGUGCUGGGCAGUGCUGCCCUCUGCGUCGCUGAAUUAUGCAGCUCUAUGCGCAUCCACGCGAUACACUCGUUGAACAAGUUUGUACCAGCUAUUCUACAGUUGCUGGAGAAUCACUGUCAUCAAGGCGUCCCAGAUGUGAUCGUAGUCAGCAUAGUCAGCGCCCUGCAGAAGAUAGUCGAGUCUGUAGGCAACUUCUUGUCGCUGUAUCUGGACCAGUUGCUGUUUGAAUUGGCCAGGUUGAACUCUCUGUACACAGAUACGGAACAUCCGAAGAUUGGAACCGUGGUGUCACGUUUGAACGCGACGACCCAGAAGCUAUCCAGCUGCAUACCUCUUCGAGUUCUGCUUCCAGCAGUAAAUAGGACCUAUGUGACGUUACUGACGAAGAAGACGUACAAGUGUAUACCAGCUCUUAUGACCGUGUUAGCAGAAUCAUUCAACAGCGUGCAACCUGCUGAUCUGUCUACUGCCAUACCCGAUUUGGGUAACUUCUUCCUGAAAGUCCUGCAGUUCAGGGAGGAUAUUUCUGAGUCUGAUGACAUGGAGGUGGAUGGGUCGGAAUUGACGAUGAAGGAUAUUAUGAUGGUAGAGGAAAGUGCUAGCAAAGCUAUAGUUGCGUUGGUGUUGAAACUGAGCGAGGCUACCUUUAGGCCCUUGUAUUAUAAGCUGUACGACUGGGCCGCUAGGAACCCGCAGUUCAAACUGCGAAGCAUUACUUUCUAUAGACUGUCAGCCAACAUAGCCGAGUGUCUGAAGUCACUCUUCGUGCUCUUUGCUGGUCACUUCCUGAAGCAUGCCGCAUUAUUACUGAUCAGCAACAAUCCAGCCAUCAACGAAGAACCCCAAGAAAUGACUCUUCCUGUAGAGUCCAACCAAAUCGAAUUAGUAGAAGCUGUGAUGCUGACGCUUUAUCGAGUGUUCAGCUACGAUGCGCACAAUUUUGUGAAUCAAGAAAGGUUCGACGUCCUCGCACAACCGCUUGUGGACCAGCUCGAGAACACUAUGGGUUCUAAGGAGGAAUACGUGAAGAGAGCUAAUGAUUUAGUCGUGCCUUGUAUCGCAGCAUUCGCUAGCGCCAUUCCCGACGACUCUCUGCAUAAAAAUUUGGUGUAUCAGACGUUGCUGAAGACUAGGCAUACGAAACCGUAUGUUAGGAGCGCUGCGUUGAGUGCAGUGGUGGAAAUAGUGAGGAAGUUAGGUGAAGACUUUAUGCCAUUGUUACCAGAAACCAUACCGUUCCUAGCAGAGUUACUAGAAGAUGAGGACGAAGCUACAGAGAAGUGUGCCCAGAACGCAGUUCGCACCCUUGAAGAAAUUCUAGGGGAACCCUUACAGAAAUAUUUCUAAUUCAACUUCAUACUGUAUGUUCAUAUUCCAUUAAUACUGUAAAUUAUAAUCAUCAUUUGUACAAUAAAUCAAACUAUUUUUUAUCAAUA